CCGCCGCCGCCGCCGCUCCCGGAGCCCCGCGAUGCUCCGCCGCCGCCUGCCCCUGCUCGGGCCCGGGCUGCUGCUGCUGCAGACGGUGUGUGCCGGGGGUCACAUCGCCAAGACCCUGGGGUACCUGGAGCUGGGCACCUCCGGCCUCCUCAAGGACGUCCCCUAUGGCACCCUGAAGCCCCCAGCGCUCGACCCCGGGCGGCUGAUUCCCGCAGAGCCCCCCCGGGGCGCGGGGAUGCCCGCGGGCGCCGGCAGGAGCCCCUGGGACUGGCAGAAGAACCAGACGGCCGGGGAGCCGCCGAGCCCCCGCGCCCACCGCAAGCCCACCCUCAAGUCCAGCCGCACCAAGAAGAUCUUCGGCUGGGGAGACUUCUACUUCAACAUCAAGACGCUCAAGUUCAGCCUCCUGGUGACGGGCAAGAUCGUCGACCACAUCAACGGCACCUUCAGCGUCUACUUCCGACACAACUCCUCCAGCCUGGGCAACGUCUCCGUCAGCAUCGUGCCCCCCUCCAAGGCGGUGGGUUUCGAGGUGCUGGUGCCCGGCCCCCCCCAGCUCCCGCGCCCGCCGCCGCCCCCCCAGCAGAGCACCCUGCCCGAGGGGCGCCCGGCCAAGGCGCUCAACUGCCACGUGGAGUACGAGAAGACGAACCGGGCGCGCAAGAACAAGCCGUGCCUGUACGACCCGUCCAAGGUGUGCUUCACGGAGCACACGCAGAGCCACGCGGCCUGGCUCUGCGCCAAGCCCUUCAAGGUCAUCUGCAUCUUCAUCUCCUUCCUCAGCAUCGACUACAAGCUGGUGCAGAAGGUCUGUCCCGACUACAACUUCCAGCACGACAACCCCUACUUCGGCUGACGGCCCCGCAGCGGGAGGUGGGGGGAAGGGGGCUGGGGGUGGUGCUGCGUCCCCUUCACGGCUGCUCGGUGUCCCCCAUGACCCCCACACCAGCCCCCCCUUCGUCAUUGGAGCAUCUCUGUGCUGUGUUAUGGGACAGCUGGUGCUGGGGGUCCAGCCCCCCACCCAUUGAGACCCUCCCCACCCACUGAAACCCCCUCACUGCGGCACCCCUGCGCCCUACUGGGGUACAACUGGUGCUGGGGGUCCCGGCCCCCCCUACCCACUGAAAUCCCAUCACUGCAGCUCAGGGGGUGCAGGCACGGAGCCCCCCCAUGCUGGGGGCUGGGGCCCCCCGGGUGUGGGGAUGAACUGGGGGGUUCCACCCCAUGUGAUGGCACCUCCGGGGUGUCACGGGGGGCAGGUCAGGGUGCUGAGGGGGGCUCUCAGUCCUCACCCCAUACACUGGGGGGGCUUUUGUCCUCUGCAGUCCUACAGCCCUGCACGUGUGUGUGUGCAAGGGUCCACCUAGGUAUUUUGGAGCCCCCCCAACACUGGCCCUGCUCCAGUGCCACAACUGAGCCCCCGGUGUCCCAUGGACCACCCCCCUCCAUGGGGGACCCUUCCAUGUGUGCAGCCCCCCCAUCCCACGCCAUGAAGAAGUGCCAUGCAGGGGUCAGGGACGCGGUGAGGAGGGCAGGGGAGUCCCCAGGGGCUGCUCCGUCCCUCCCUCGGGAAGGGGCUUCUUCAUCAUUUUUUUUUAAAGAAAAUUAAAAAUGAAAAAAAAAAGUGGAAAAUAAA